UGUUUUCGUAUAAUUUCUACAAAGUUGUUAUUGUGGAAUUGUUAAGUUAGUGACAAUCCAAGAGACUCGAGACUAUAAUUCACUUGUGAUAGUGGUUCAUCAAACUGAGCUUUCAUGAUUGGAUUACCGCAUAGUGAUAGAGAUAGAGAUCGAAUUACGGUGAAAAUUCGCAACAUGAAGAGAAGUUUAUCAAGGGAUAGUAUGCGAACGCGUAGUAGCAUAGGGAGGUGUGAUAACAGCUCGGAUGGCCGCGCGUCUCCAGAACGGGUGCGGCGCCGAGUCCGGUCCCCGAGCCCUCGAGGCAGGUACGUCUCCCCGCGUCGAGACGAUUAUGCCCGUUCGCGUGUAAGAGAAGAAUCAGCACGAUCAUAUUAUAAGGUGCUCUGUGUCAGUGCUCUUCACCCUAAGGCAUCCGAUGAAAUCGUUAAAGAUACUUUGUACAGAGAAUAUAAGAAAUUUGGCGACUUCAGUAUUAAGAUUUCACAUGAAUUGGAUGAACGUGUUGCAUAUGUUUGUUUCCGUAGUACUGAAGAUGCUAGAGACGCCAAACACGCAAAGCCAAGAAUUAUUUUAUAUGAUAAAGUGGCUAUUGUAGAUCCUGUAUAUGAACCGGUCAGAUCAGAGUACAGAAGUAGACCACGAAGUGUUACCCCUCCAGAUUAUGAUCGCUCCUAUUCUUAUGCUUGGUCACCAGCAGAUAGGCGUAGGCCACCACCAGAUGACAGAGCCUAUGGUAUUCCUCCAAGUGUUCCACCUCACCAUAGGGAUUUCCGACCACCAAUGCAUGAAUAUCCAAUGCCAGGUCCUCAUGGACCCCCAAUGCAUCAUCGACCACCCAUGCAUCAUCCUCCACAUCCACACUAUAUGCCACGCCCAUACAUGCCUCGCCCUCAUCAUCCACAUUUUGAGAAAAUGGAGAGUAAAAAGGAUAAAUUUCCUAACUAUUUGCACCAUGUACAGCCAGAAGAUGACCCACUGGCCACCCGAACACUUUUUGCUGGAAAUUUAGAAAUAUAUAUAUCUGAUGAGGAACUCCGGCGUAUAUUUGGUCGCUAUGGUAUUGUUGAAGAUAUUGAUAUAAAAAGACCACCAUUAGGGACAGGUAAUGCUUUUGCAUUUGUACGUUAUCAAACAUUAGACAUGGCUCAUCGGGCAAAGGUAGAACUUUCUGGCCAAUAUAUUGGUAAAUUCCAAUGUAAGAUAGGUUAUGGCAAGGCUACACCCACUACACGUGUUUGGGUGGGUGGGCUUGGUCCUUGGACAUCAGUGGCACAACUAGAAAGGGAAUUUGAUAGAUUUGGAGCUAUUAAAAAAAUAGAAUAUGUGAAGGGUGAAGCCCAUGCAUACAUUUUAUAUGAUUCAAUAGAUGCUGCGCAGGCAGCUGUUAAAGAAAUGAGAGGUUUUGCCCUUGGUGGGCCUGACAGACGUCUUCGUAUUGACUUUGCUUAUGUAGGAAAUGCACCACCUUUUAAACCCAAGUCUUAUGCACCACCUGUAGGUGAAGAUGGUAGGCCCGUUGAGGGUUAUGAAGGGUACGAGGGCACAUGGGAAGAUGGUUAUAGUUAUGGCGCACCUGGUUAUAGGGGCAGGGGUGGCCACAGGGGUCGUGGACGUGGCAUGUACAGAGGUAUGUAUCAUGGAACUGCUGAGUACCGUGAUGAAGAAUGGAGGAGGCCACCUGUUGAUAAUGAAUAUGGAGCCCGUGCACGCCGUUCUGGAUCUAGAGAGCCAGGAGUAGACAGAUCACAGUCUAGAUCACCACGUCGCCGGUCUCCUGAUAGUGAUUCUGAUGGGUCACAGAGGAGAAAUGGUGGAAUGUUGGCCUCUGCUAGAACACUUCCAGAAGUUGUGCGCAAAGCCACAACAGUAUGGAAUGGGGCAUUAAUUCUUAAAAACUCCAUAUUCCCUACCAAAUUCCAUUUGACAGAUGGUGAUUCAGAAAUUAUUGACAGUCUCAUGAAAGAUGAGGAUGGUAAGAACCAAUUAAGAAUUACACAGAGAUUGCGACUUGACCAACCCAAGCUGGAUGAUGUACAGAAGCGUAUAGCUACAUCAACAUCACAUGCAAUAUUCUUAGGGGUGGCUGGCUCAACUGCAUCUAUUACAAAUGAGGAUGCAAGCAUUCAAACCAGACCUAUGAAGAAUUUAGUGUCGUACAUGAAGCAAAAAGAAGCAGCUGGAGUCAUAUCUCUGUUGAACAAAGAGACAGAGGCAACAGGAGUCCUAUACUCAUUCCCUCCAUGUGAAUUUUCAACCGAAUUGUUGAAACGAACUUGCCACAACUUGACUGAAGAAAGCUUGAAGGAGGACCACUUGGUUAUAGUAGUAGUAAGAGGUGGUGCAGCAUAAAUCAGUCUUAUUAAAUUUAUUAAUUGUUAGUUAUAUAAUUAGCAUAAGUUUCUUUAACAUUUCUUAUUGUUUACAGAUUAUUUCAAAACUAAUAUGACAUGUGCAUAGUGAUGUGGGUGACUGUAAAAUUAGUUAAGUGAUGUACUUACACUAAUUUGUGCAAGUGUUGUGCCUAACUCCAUAAUAUAUAUG